UCCGAUAACACUCGGCUGGAGAUUGGAAACGGGAGAAGAUUUCAAAAUGUCGGCGGAAGAAGACACCGAAUUGAGGGAUAUGGUCGCCCAAACAUUGGAAAGUAAGGGUGUUCUAGGAAAAAUCAGGGCACAGCUCAGAGCAAGCGUGUUUUUAGCUUUAGAGGAACAAGAAGGAUCAGAGAGCAAAAUCCAACUUGUAAAUCCUGACCUGAAGAAGUUUUUAGGUACAAGUGAAGGACGGCUUGUAACAGGUUUAGUCCGGGAGUUUCUGGAGUACUUUGAUCUUGAUUUCUCUAUCGCAGUUUUUGAUCCAGAGACUGAUUUUAGCGACAAGUAUCCAGGACGAAACAACCUUGCCAGGGAACUGAAGCUGAAUGAUGUUGACAACACAUCUGGAAGCCCACUGUUGGCAGAAGUCAUAAAGAGACUUUCACCAGUCACCAAUGGAGAGGUCAAAACUUCACCAAGGCAGAGCGCAGCUGACAGCCCAAGAAGCACCAGUCCCCCUAACUCAAAUAAGGGUGACAAAGAUGACCAGGGAGAACUUUCUUCAGACAGUGCAAGUGACGAUAGUAUGCAGAUUUCCAGUCCCAGACCAAGCAAAAUUCCACAAAGGGUUCGAGAUGAAAAAUCCAGCAAAUCUGACAAAAACCAAGACUCACUACUUGAAAAACUGAACUCUGAAAAGGAGCUAAAUUCACUUUCAGACUCAAGGAGAGACAAAAGUGGAAGAAGAAGCCCAGAUGUAACCAUCGGAAGUGAUGAUGGAGAUGAUAUUUUUGCAGAUAUUCCAAUGAAGACAAAAGAGAGCGAAAAACAAGGGUUGAUGAAAGACACAGGAUCCAAAUCCAAUGGUGGUCUCUCCUCUCUGAAGGGUGCUCCUUCCCUUGGCUCUGGUGGGCUUGGCUCAUUGAAGGGUGCACCACCAUUGCCUGGAAUGAACAACAAUAACAGAGAGCCUUCCAAAUCACCCAACUGGCAGGACCUUGCCGACAUUGAUAGCAAGAUCAGCAAACUUGGUUUCGAUAUUCCGGAUGACGAUAAAAAUGGCGAAGCACCCGAUUACAAUGACGAUUAUGAGGAUGACUUCCACACCAGUGAUAUGAGCAUUCCGGAAGACAUCGACGAACAACUAUCUUCACUAAACGGUUACUUUACCUCAGAUCGUACUGUGUCUCAGGCCAGUGGGGAAGAUCUCGACUUUGCAGAAGAUAUUUUGAACUUUUGAAGAGAUGCCAGUGAAAACGUGUAUAUUUGUAGUCAUGCCUGACGUCAGAACUGUCCCAACAGAUGAAGCGGUUCUGAUUUACGCCCGUUAAGUGUUGUUAAAAGAGGUUUGUAUAAAAAUUUAACGUUAGCGACUCUAUAUCCGUUGAAGUCCAGUUCCAUACGUAACCACAUCCGAAAACAUCCGUGUAAAAACUUCCUGAGAAGUAAUUCAGUAACUUCUGUAAAAUCAUGUUGCUUUCACGUGUGUUUCAUUCACAACUUUGUAAUAUAUACAAUUUUUUUUGUAAAUAUAUGGUACCUAUGUAUUCCAUCAUGUAGAAAUGUAACCGCCAAUAGCAUGGUUACAGAAAAUAUCUUUUUAGCAAUGAAUUAAAGGUAUUGAAGUCAGCUUA